AUGAAGCGGUCACAUGGCGCAGUAGCUUGGACCCGACACGGCCUAAAAGCGACAAAUUACAACACAGAGGACCUCAAAUGGCACCUUCUAAAGCCCAGCGCACCUCCGAUUUCUUCCACCAAGGGAAUAAAGUUCAUCAACGGACGGAUCAAGAUGGUGGUGGUUCCCGCUCACCAACGCUUACAUCAGAGGCUGGCCCCAAACACAGAAACGCUGCAGGUGCACCCCGGCGACAUCUCCCUAUCGGAAAAGAGAUUAGCAGCAAUGUUACAAGAGCUGUGCUUCUCUAGAAAGGCCGACUUCAAGUCUGCUGUGGAUGAUAUCCGCAACAACAAGGUGCCCUAUCGCAAAAUUUCUGAUUUGGUGAGACGGAUCUCUUACAAAAGUUGA